UUUAUGGCUAACAAAAGAGCUCGAACCACAUUGACGAUGGGCGAGGAGGAGGACAGAAUUUCGAAACUACCUGAUGUACUCAUCAUACGCAUCCUCUCGUUUCUUGGCACCGAGGAUGUGGUUCGGACAUGCCUCCUGUCGAAGCGUUGGAAACUAAUGUGGUAUUUGGUCCCCAAACUCUCUUUUUCUCAUUUUCGAUUGCCAGAGGGCGACCAAAAGUUCUACACUUAUGUUGACAAUUGUUUAGAACAUCGCAAGAGAGGUACGCAUUUGAUCCAAGAUUCACUCACAACUAGUUUUAGGCUUGAGAUGGAUUGCUAUAAAAGAAGCGAGGCUGAUCGUCUAGAUAAUUGGUUAGAUUUUGUAGUUGAGAAUAAAGUCAAGAAAAUAAACCUUCGGUUGAAUGGGAGGAAGAGGAGGAAUAAUGGCUCUAUUUACUUCUACUGCUUACCUAGAACACUAAUAUUCAACGCAAGACAUUUGGGUAUUUUGAAGUUGUUUGCGGUUGAAUUGGAUUCUCGUCACUCAUUUAGUUUUCCAUCCUUGAGAUCAUUGUCAUUGUCUCAUGUUCGGCUUGCAGAUGAUGAUGUAGUAGAUAAGCUGUUGUUGGGUUCCCCUUCCCUUGAGAAAUUGAGGUUGUAUUAUUGUUGUUUGAGUAGUGAUCAUCAGCUCCACAUCCACAUACAGAGUUUAAGCCUCAAGUUCUUGAAAAUUAAACUCACUAAGGAUAUGGUGGAGCAAAUUAAAGUAAUAAAUCUUGAAUCUUUGAAACUAAAAGGUGUCUCCUUUAAAAAAAUAAAUAUAUCUGUAUGCAAGGCAAUUAGAAUUCUCUCAUUAAAUUGUGAUGGGUGGGGAGGCAUGGAAGAGUCGUCUUCGUUAGAAUAUCUCAUUUCAAACCUUCCUCUCCUUGAGAAUUUGACUUUGAGCGACUGUCACAAGUGUAGGUUGAAGCAUAUCAAGAUCUCGAGUCAGCACUUGAAAAGUUUGAGUUUGAGUAACCCUUGUGAUGAUGAAAUGACCAUCGUAAUUGAAUCAGCUCCAAAAUUAGCUACAUUUCUUUAUAUUGGCAAUAUCAAAUUUAGUAUAUCAAUGGAGUCAUCCAAUUUGUUGGAUGGAACAUUCAUAAUUCUCGGCCAGCAAGAAAACUAUGACGCCAAUUGGUUUAUCAAUAUGAUGAAUUUUCUUUUCAAUCUCAAUUGUUCCUGGAAUAGGGUAAGCAUGCACCUUGACUCACUUAAGGCUCUCACCUUGCCAGAAAACUUAAAGAGGAUAUGCCGUUCUCCUUUGGUUAAUUGGGAGCAUCUUAGAAUUUUUACUAAAUGUAAACCAGAGAGGGAAUCAGACUUGAGACAUGCUCUGCAGUGGAUUUCUCCUUCUUUAAAGACAUUAUCUAUAGCAAAAGAGGCAUCUUUUAAACAUUUUGCAACAUCUAAAACAUGA